GAAAAGAAGAAUUCGCGUAAAAUCAAUUGCAGGAUGAAAUUUUCGCGUGCGAGAGAAGAGAUAUAUUUCAAAACAAUUUUCUACGCAUUGCGAGCAUGUCUUCGUUUGACGACGUAACGGAAAAACUACCAAUAGGAUGCCAGUCGACGCGAUCGUUUGCUUUUCGUCAUCGUUCAUUUCAAGCGAGUCAUUUAAAUGCCGAGCAAAAGGAGAGGGGAAGCUUGUUCAGCACGUUAUCGAGGAUUGUCAAGAACCGACGAAAAGGUUUUGUUUACUGCAAGAUACGACCAACAAUGCCAGCCGAAAAGGACGACGCUUGCGACCUAAGCGAUGUCGCGCUGCAAGAAAGCUCGGACACCGAAACUCAGUGCAAACAUAAAUUAAGCAAGAAACCAAAAAGAGUGUUACAAUUUUCCGAUGGUAUAUUGGAGGAAUAUUCAUCCGAAGAUGAGAUUGACGCACCAAAACCUGAGAAAUCCGUAGUGCAAAUAGAUACUAAAAAUAUGAAUUGGUUACCAUGGGCGUGGCAUCAGACGACAACGAUUAGUUCGAAAAUGUUAGACGGCUGCGAUUAUGUUGGGGAGUGUUUGGCAAACUUCUUUGGCAUAACGGCGCCCAAGUAUCAAUUUGAAAUCAAUGAAUUUUACAGACUACAGAAGCUUGAGAGGGAAAUGCUUCACAAGCAAGAUUUGGAAAUGGGUGGAUGGAGUCAACAAAACAAAAACAAUCUAAUAAACAACGAUGCUAUAUCGUUAAAUGAACGCAAUUGAUAACAAAAAGUUUGUUUAAAUGUUCAGCUUUAUAUUUUUUUAAGGAAAAUAUUUAAAUAAAAGUUAAAAAUGUGAAAAGCACUAUAAACAAUAAACAAAAAUAGAACCGCUACAUAAAUAUGCGUACUAAUAUAGAAAUCAAUUUCAACGUAGAAUUGUAAAACCCAAAUUUCAAUUAAUGUAGAGUUGCGUUGAGUUUUUUUUUUUUCACUUUAUGGCAAUAACGGUUUUGGCAUGCGUAUUUAGAAUAUCGUUCGCACUUCUAUUGCUUCGUAAGAUAAUUACGUUCCGUGUCAUAAAAUUUAGUCACACCUAAACCUAAACUCAAAUUCCUACUAUGCUAGAAGAUUAGAUGCUGAGAGUUUAGUUCCCUGCAAAACACAAGUCCUCAGAUAAUGUAGUCUUUUGAGAUAAUGUAAGAUAAUAUUGUAUAUAAAAAAUAAAGCUUCCAUGUGUGUUUCUGUACGAUGAAAAACUUUUCAAGUUAUUUAUUGCAAUAAUUAUAUAUUACAUAAAUUGAAAGAUACUUAUUUAUUGUAUGUAAUUUAUAUUUAUAUUUAUAUAUAUAUAUGUAUGAUGUUACGAUAUUGUAUCAAA